AUGAACUGGCACCCAAUACACACUUUUGGCUACCCGAAGCUAUGUUCUGCCUACCAGCCACAUCCCGGUAACCGCCUCAACCGGCGGACUAAACCAGGUGAGGGUAUCCGUGUGUGCAUCCUCCACAAGGUAAUUCUACUCCCCCUUCUCCCCCACCCUCUCCACAUCGCUUCUCUUCCCUCUUCUACCUCCUCCUGUUCUCCGCCCGUCUCUUCCUCUCCUUUUUUUCUUUUUCUUUUUCUCCUUCUAUUUCUUCUUCUUAAUCUUCUCCGCCCCCAUCACCACUACUACUACUACUACCUCCUCCUCUUCCUCCCCCUCUCUUCCAUCUUCCUCCUCCCCCGCUCCCUCCUCCUCAUCCUCCGCCUCUCUAACCCCUUCAAUUCCCUCUCCUUCGUUUCCACUCUACACUCUACUCUCUUUCACCACGGUCGAAAUUCCUACUGCGAGGGCAAUACGCAAUCACAUAAGCGUCACGUCAAUUGA